AUGAUGCACGUGUCGAUGCCGCGGUACGACCAAGAUCGCCUGGGGAUCAUCUUCCGCGCCUCGCCGCGCCAGUCCGAUGUGAUGAUCGUGGCCGGCACCGUGACCAACAAGAUGGCACCGGCGUUGCGCCAGCUAUAUGAUCAGAUGCCGGAUCCCAAAUGGGUCAUUUCCAUGGGCAGCUGCGCCAACGGCGGUGGCUACUACCAUUACAGCUAUAGCGUGGUCAGGGGCGUCGAUCGCAUCGUCCCCGUCGAUAUCUAUGUCCCGGGUUGUCCGCCCACCGCCGAGGCUUUACUGCAGGGGAUUUUUCUUCUGCAGAAGAAGAUCGCACAGACCAAGGUGACGAGAAUGUGGUAUCGGAAAUAG